ACCACAAGAUGGCAGCAUUAUAACACACCGAUGCCCUGCACAUAGAAGAAGAAAGCCAAGCCGUUUCCAUAGUAACCAGGCGGAUUUCCAUCAUGGCGCCCGGGAGCCGAUCAGUGCUCUCCUCAACACCUCUGCAAGUUCUUCUCUACCUGAACACCUGGUACUUUGCUGCCUUCUACUUGGCAGAGAUCCUCAUGUUCAUCUACAAAGGGAUUUUACUGCCAUAUCCACGGGAUAAUCUCAUCCUGGACGUAGUGCUGCUGAUUCUCUUCCUUGCUCUGGAGACAUUCCGCAUUUUUUAUGGCUGGAAGGGGAACCUCUGUGAGCGCUCUCUGGCUUCCCUUGUGUCCCUUUUCAUCCUGAUUCCCUGCACAGCGCUGGCCGUUUACUACCUCCUGCUGCAGACCUUCGUCUUGCGGUUAGAGUUCAUUCUCAGCGCUGUGCUGCUCUGCUUCUAUGGCCUCGAGUUCCUGCUCGGUGUUAUCUCCAUUUCUGCUUUCUCCAGGUCCAGAGUGUACUGAUGCAUCAGCAGCUUUCUUCAGAGAGAAAAUGAUCUUAAUUCCUCUAGGAGGAAAUUAUAUCUAAAUAUUUUUGUACGUUUUGCUUUGUAGAUGUUUUUUUUACUCUGAACAUCAGCUUGGAUGUCAUCAAUUGUCUCUAACUGAUUUGAAAUGCCAGUGAAAAGACAAAACAAGAGAUGGGCCGAUAUCAGGAUGUGCCAAUGCUCAAAUGUUUAAAAUAAUAA